ACGCGCCGGGCCGGGAUGGACUCGCGGGUGUCGGAGCUGUUCGGGGGCUGCUGCCGGCCCGUGGGGGGCGGCGGGGCGCUGCGCGGCCGCGGGGCGGGGGCCGGCGGGGGCUCCAGGGGGAAGAAGAAGAGCGGGAGGAACCGGGGCGGCAAGGCCAACAACCCGCCCUACCUGCCGCCGGAGGCAGAAGAUGGGAACAUAGAAUACAAGCUGAAGCUGGUGAACCCCUCGCAGUAUCGCUUUGAGCACCUGGUGACACAGAUGAAGUGGCGGCUGCAGGAAGGCCGGGGUGAGGCUGUCUACCAGAUUGGCGUGGAGGACAAUGGGCUUCUGGUGGGCCUGUCAGAGGAAGAGAUGCGUGCCUCCCUCAAGACAUUGCGCCGGAUGGCUGAAAAGGUCGGAGCUGACAUCACCAUCCUGCGGGAGCGCGAGGUAGAUUAUGACAGCGAUGUUCCCAGAAAGAUAACAGAGGUUCUUGUCCGGAAGGUCCCUGAUAACCAGCAGUUCCUAGACCUGCGAGUGGCUGUGCUGGGGAACGUGGAUUCAGGGAAGUCAACGCUGCUGGGUGUCCUGACCCAGGGUGAGCUGGAUAAUGGGCGGGGCAGAGCCCGCCUCAAUCUCUUCCGGCACCUCCAUGAGAUCCAGUCAGGGAGAACAUCCAGCAUCAGCUUUGAGAUCCUUGGCUUCAAUAGCAAAGGAGAGGUGGUGAACUAUAGUGACUCACGGACGGCAGAAGAGAUCUGUGAGAGCUCCUCCAAGAUGAUCACCUUCAUUGAUCUGGCUGGCCACCACAAGUACUUGAAAACCACCAUAUUCGGCCUCACCAGCUACUGCCCAGACUUUGCCAUGCUGGUGGUGAGCGCCAACACCGGCAUUGCAGGUACCACGCGGGAGCACCUGGGCCUGGCCAUGGCCCUCAAGGUUCCCUUCUUCAUUGUCGUCAGCAAAGUGGACUUGUGUUCCAAAGCCACCGGGGAACGGACAGUAAAGCAGCUGGAGCGGAUCCUGAAGCAGCCGGGCUGCAACAAGCUGCCCCUGCUAGUGAACUCGGACGAUGACGCUGUCACAGCAGCACAGCAGUUUGCACAGUCUCCCAACAUCACCCCGAUCUUCACACUAUCUAGUGUUUCUGGAGAGAACCUGGAUCUCUUAAAAGUUUUCCUCAACAUCCUUCCCCCUCUGACCAACAGCAAAGAGCAGGAGGAGCUGAUGCAGCAACUUACAGAGUUCCAGGUGGAUGAAAUCUAUACUGUGCCUGAAGUGGGGACUGUUGUGGGAGGAACUCUGUCCAGUGGAAUCUGCAGGGAGGGGGAGAGCCUUGUGGUCGGCCCCACUGAUGAUGGCAAGUUCCUCCAGCUGAAGGUGUGCAGCAUCCAGCGGAACCGCUCCGCGUGCCGUGUGCUUCGGGCAGGACAGGCUGCCACGCUGGCCCUUGGGCCCUUCGACCGCUCCCUGCUGCGUAAGGGCAUGGUGAUGGUGAGCCCAGAGAUGAACCCCACCAUCUGCUCAGUAUUUGAAGCCGAGAUCGUGCUGCUCUUCCAUGCCACGACUUUCCGAAAGGGAUUCCAGGUGACUGUGCACGUGGGGAAUGUGCGGCAGACGGCCAUCGUAGAGAAGAUCCAUGGAAAGGACAAGCUGAGGACAGGGGAGAAGGCUGUUGUUCGUUUCCGGUUCAUCAAACAUCCUGAGUACUUAAAGAUUGGCGCCAAGCUGCUGUUCCGUGAAGGAGUCACCAAAGGUAUCGGGCAUGUCACCGACCUCCAAGCUAUCACCACUGAAGAGAAUGGCCUGGAGCAGACCCUGGGGAAUGGGCGUUUGACCUUCUGACUCCCACUAGAUCUGUGAGAUCUCCAGACACCAGCAAUGGAGGAGAGAGUUGUGGGGAGUUGUGAAGGGCAGGACGUGAUUGGAACUUCUGCUGUCCAGUUCUAGCAUGGGCUUCUCCUCUCCACACUGUGAGGGUGGAGCCCAGGAGAGCUCCCUGUGUUCAGUACCCCCCACGGGGAAAGUUAAGCGUGUUGUCUCCAUCGUCUGCUGCUUUCAUUAUCCUGCCCUCCUCCACAAUAGACCAGAGGCAGCCUUAGUCUGGGCAGGCGAGUCCUGGCUUUGUUUACAGUACUUUGGUGGGAAGUUGUUGGCUGGUACAAAGCAAAGCUCCUGAGGUGCUGAGCAGCGGUGAAGGGAUGCUGCCACCACUGUUACAGGGUCAGUUCCAUUGCAGCUCUCUGAGCAUUGGGCCUGACCUGUACUGUGUGCGCCCCUGUCUUCCAGUCUCAGGCUUUUCCCUCCAGGGCAGAGACCUUUGGGACAGCAUAGGAAGCCCAGCCACCCAGAGUGCAGAGACUUGGUUAAACUCAGGUUCACAAACAAUAGGAACCUGAGAAAAGUUCAGGACCCUUGUAGCCCUUUUAAUCUUGGUUGAUUUUAAUCCCACGUGGGCCCCCCUUCUGUGUUCAGUGGCUCCUGCUUGGCUGUCCCAGCUGUUCCCCAAACCAGUGCAAACAGGGAUCUCUUCCAUGGACUAGCCCUUGCAAGAUUGUGAUUUAAGCCCCAUGCCCAUCCUAGUGCUCAUGUCUUGUGGGUGGCUGGGGCUGCCCCCACAUAUCCCAGUGCAAUCAGCCUCCUCGAGAACCUGCAUGAAGCCAGGGUCUCUGCCUCUAGCCUUCUGCUCGUUUCAGCAGCUGAGCAUCCUGCUGGCCCAAGCAGGAGGUCAUUUUUGGGGAACAGAGCUGGGCCCACAGCUGGGCUUGUAUCUGCUUGUCUACUUCAACUAAGCGCCCCUGUGGGAAGUCUCCUUCAUUGAGUUAGUGGCAGUGCUUUGUGAUGGAUUUCCCUGCUGCAGCCCAGCUUGCUCCUCGGGGACCUGCCUUAACUCUCGAGAAGAGGCAGAGGGGGCUGCCGUACUGGCCCAGGAGGACGUUUACUGUUGGAUGCCAUCUGACAAAGCUAUUGUAAGGAUUUUUUGUUUUUGUUUUUUGCUCUCAUUCUACUUAAGGGAAACUUCCUUUCUUGUCUCUGCCACUGAGGUUUCAGUGCCUAGGAGAGCUGGUGGGAGCCAGCACAGCCAGAGGCUCGGUAGGUGUGUGAAGACAUGGAACACUUGCUGCCAUGUUUCCCCAGCUGUGCCUUCAGGUACCAAGUGCUGAGCAUUGCCCUGUGCAGCUGCUGCUGAGGGUCAGCCCUGUGCAGCUGGGAACAGGGGGGCUGGGGAGGGUUAUGUAGUGGGGGCUGCAUAGCUGUCAGAAGGCUUUUGAUUUCACUGGUGGCUGUUGAAUAGAGCUGGACGUGCAUUGCUGCCUGAGCCAAGGUGUGGUGUCUGGACAGGGAGGGGGCUCUGCUCCAAGUGUUGCCAAUAAUCCCCAGGCAGUGCUGCCUCCUACUCAGGGUCUCAUACCGGGGCUACUGGCAUGGGCAGUGCACACAAGACUGAGCUUCUCACAGCAGCUCUCCCUGCCACAGGCCCUGCCCUUGCUGUCUGGAGGAGCCUUGCGGGGCGGGGGCAGGGGAUUCCUGCCUGUAAGCUGUUCAAGUGCACCAAGCUGAUCAGCGGGGAGAGGAGGAGAGUUGUUCCUCCCCUGUGAAGGGUUAUGAGGAAGCUCCUGUGCUUUCUCCCCGCCGUGUUCUGUGCUGGAAUCCUGGCUUAGACUGGGACCUGUAGGGCAAGCCUGUCAUGCAAUUGCUGUUAAUAGCAGCAUUGUCAAGGAAGGUACUGAAGAGUUGCCUCCUUAAAUUCUUGGGGGAUAGGAUCCCUCCUCCACCUGACGGGGACUUGAACCCUGGACCCUCAGAUUAAAAGUCUGAUGCUCUACCAACUGAGCUAGCCGUGAGCAGGCACUGCCUCUUCCCUGGGGGAGGUAAUGUAUUCACUCUGCUGGUAGUACCUUGCACACUUCGUGCUGGGGGAGGCUCGGUCUGUCUUUUCUCCGUUUCAGUCCCCUUGCACACGACUGCUUUGCUGGCUCAGCUAGUCUGAAAGGGGGACCCUUCCCAUUCCAGCCCUGGCACUUAGCGCUGAGUUCCAUUACAGUGUGUGCCCCUCAUAUGCUCCUGCAGGGAGAACAGAGUCCCAGUGAGCACUCCCCUCUCUUGUUAUUGUGUAAAUACAAAUAAUGGUGCCCUGGAAGGGUGAGUGUCUCCUGCUGUUUGCAGUGACCUUGGGGUAACCUUCAGCACUGCCACAUACUCAAGCUGCUGCUCCCUUCCCUGGAAGAGCUGACGGGGCUGAGCACCUUCCCUCUCUCCCCCCACCCUCCCCUUCUGUGGCGUGACUGUUCUCAGUGCCAUGCUUUCCAUGCUCCCUGUUCUCUUGUCUUGGAUUCUCUAAUGCAGAGGGAUGGCUUCCAUUUCCUUGGCAUCUAUAUAUAAUGUACAGAAUAAAGAUGUUUUAUUGAGACAGAACCUUGGCUGAAUUGUGAAGGGGGAUGGUUGAGCCUCUCCCCUACCAGCCCUCCCCAGCCACAGCCUUUUCAGUUACUACCCUCUGGUAAACAAUCUGUGCUGGGGCCUGUAAGGACUGCGUAUAUCACGGGUUACAAGCAUCCACUGGCUGCUUAGCUGAGCCUGCCCGACUGUGAGGCUAAGGUAGCUGACAGCCACGUUGCUCUGAGCACAGUUCUUAUUGCAGUGGGUGGAGCUAGCUGUGUCUUAUGUGUGGCAGAAGCCACAAAUUCCUGCUACCCUGGAGUCUGUUUAAAGGGAGACACGAUGUGACCUUCACUGGUGCUUUGACACAGCUCAUGUUAAUUUAAAAGCAGUAUGUAACUGCGGGGGGAGGGGAAUUGAGUGCAGCCUGUCAUCUUUAAUGUGGAUGGAUAAUAUCAAUGUUUGUUUAAGCAUUUUUUAUUUUUAUUGAUCUAAAUUUUGCAAUGGGGGCUCAGACUAAUUAUUUUAUGACAGUAGAUGUUGAGAUUCAAAAAGCUAAAGCUUUAUAAACAAACUGUCAACUUGUCAAAAUACACAGAGUAACUAGCCAUAGUUUGAAUUAA